AUGAUUUUUCUAUUACUUUUCUCCUAUCUAAUAUUAUGUGAUUUUCUUCCACUCUAUGGUUUUCCAAUCGAUAUAUGUACAUCAGCUAAAGAUUCAAAAGAUCGUAAAGAUAAUGUUGCUGACAAGAAUGAUAAUCAACCAAGUAUAAAUACUUCAUUGAUUGGGAACAGAUAUAAUGCUAGUACAUCAGGUUCAUAUGAAUCGCAACGACGUAAACGACCGUCUGGUAUUGAAUUCGUACUUGUCAUAUGGAUUUUUACAUUAGUUUGCGAAGAAAUUCGACAACUAUUUGCAACGGAAGCACAAUCAAAACGAAAUGCAAUUAUAGCUUAUUUUAAAGUUUUUUGGAAUAAAUUAGAUGUUUUGGCUGUAGUUUUAUUUUUCAUUGGUUUUACACUUCGAUUUAUUCCCACAGUGGAAUGUUUUUGUGCUGCACGUGUUGUUUUAUCAAUUGAUUUAACUGUUUGGUUUAUGCGUACAUUAGAUCUUUUUGCUGCUGUAAAACGACUUGGACCUAAACUUGUUAUGAUUGGUGAAAUGGUAAAUGAUUUGAGAUUUUUCAUGAUUAUGUUAAUUGUAUUUAUUUUGGCAUUUGGUGUAUCAUCAUAUAGUUUAAUACAUGGUAUACAAAAACUUUCUUGGCAUUUACUACGUGAUAUUAUAAAUCAUGCUUAUUGGCGAAUAUUCGGUGAUUUAAAUACUUUAGAAACUUUUGCAACUAAUUAUAAAGCAAAUGGUUAUGCAGCAUUUAUUUUAUUGGUUGGUUAUAUGGCUGUUGUUAGUAUACUCUUAGUCAAUCUACUUAUUGCUAUGUUCAGUAAUACAUUCACUAAUCUUCAAGUUGAUACAGAUCGUAUCUGGAAAUUUCAACAGUAUACAUUAGUAUGUGAAUAUUUAUCACGUCCAUCAUUACCACCACCAUUGAUUAUCUUUUCUCAUGUUUGGCGAUUAACUUUAUGUAUAGCAGCAAAAUAUUUUAAAUUAAAUUUUUUUCAAGAACAAUAUAGGCGACAUUUGAAUCGAACUGAUUAUAAAAUUUCACUAGAUGAAAAAAAAUCAAUAGCUAUUGAAUUAGCUGAAGAUACAUUUGGUGAUGACGUUUAUUAUGAUUUUUUAAAAAUAGGUAGCAAAUCACUUGAUGAAACUGAACUCGAUGAAGAACGAGCUCAAUUACCACAAGAGAAUAUGUUAAAUAAAAUUCGAACGCUUGAAAAUCGUAUGCAAAUAAUAAGUGAUCAACAAACUCUUAUGUUUGAACAUAUUGAAUGUUUAAUGGAUGGUUUAAAAAUUUCACGCAGUGAUUCUAUUAAAACACGCGAACAACAACAUUUUGAUCCUGAAGAAUCAUGUAGAAUAGUUGAUGAAUCGAUCAAUAAUAUUUAA